AUGCCUCCACCAACGAUGCGCAAUGGCUCCGGCCCGCCGCCCUCCAUGCGCAAGAGCACCAACUGGCCCUCGCACCUACGUCAGUUUAGUAGAAGCAGCCUUGAGCCGCCAUCCGCCACUUCGUCGGUAGACUCUCCACGAUCCCCAGAUACCGUCUCCAGCGCUUCUACGGUUCGCGGCGAUAAUUCGUCGACGUCAGUGAAGCAGCGCCGAUUAGAGAAACGGUGUGUUGUCGGCGUAAAUGAGGGGUACUCGCGUGAUGAGGUGCUUCUCAGCCCUGACCUCGUGAAAGGCGAAGUGAGGCCGGGAAGCCUGGUUGCCAUCACGGUGUUGAAGACGGAGGGCGAUAAGACGGCGACCAAGGACCAUGUGCGCACCGCCGGCGGAGGAAACACCGCGGGUGCUGGAGCGAACUCAAGCCAGAACGAUGCCACAACUGCGAAUGCGGAGGGUCCAGUGUUGGGGAAGAAGUACUUCUUCAUCGCCAAGGAAAUGUCCAAGGAGCUCAAGUGCAGGCUGCCGAACGUCGACAUCUACGUCGUCAAGCACAUUGCCGACGCCUUCGGCAUGAAGAAGGGCACGCAGGUGCUUUUGACUCCUGUGGAUGCGGAUAACCCCGCCACGGCCGCCUCGCACGUCGAGCUCUCCUUCAAAGACCAGUAUCUAUCGAGGUCAGAUAUGUGGCGCCUGGCUAUCGGGGAGUUGACGGAGCGGACCGUGUACAAGGGCCAGUCGAUACUGUUCAUGGGCACGAUAAAGGCGCAGGUGACGGCCGUGUACGUUGACGGGCGCAAAACGCAUUCAGCUUUCUUUACCAAAGACACCCGGCCUAUUUUUAGGAGCGAAUCGGCGCGGUAUGUGCUCUUUAUUCAGAUGGCGCGCGAGAUGUGGGACUUUGACUCGGAGGGCAGUGGAGAGAUCCUGUUCAACAAGGUCGUCAACGGCUUCCUGCCUGCGCUGUUCAAAAAGUGGGCGAAGCUCAAGGCGAAGCACCUCGUCUCCAUUGUCUUGUUUGCGAGGGUGGAAUACGACACCGGCCUGACGACGGAACUCGCGGGUAAUACUCUGCAUGGGGAUUACUACACCGGCACGCAGAUCUCGGGCGAGAAGAGACCGUACAAGGACUUUUACCGGGUCGUGGUCAGCGAGAUGGCGAGCGGAGAGUGGACCAAGAUUCUCUACCAGUUGAAGCGCGAGUUCAACUUCUUCCGCCGUGACAUCAGUCUGCACCACCAACAGGCAGGGAGCGCAUUUGUGCCGCUGGCGGAGGAGGGUUCAAAGGGGGUUACGUCGAACAGAGUGAAAGCCGAGUCUUCGUUGGCAAUGCACGGCAACUUUCUGGAGGCGAUUAACCUUGCAUCCUCGCAGUUUGCGCACGACUACAUCGAUCGCGAUCUCAUGCGGACGGGCAUCUCGAUUGCCGUCAUCAGCCCGGGCCCGGGAGUGUUCGAGGUUGAGUAUGAGAGCCUGCGCAGGACGACAGAGGCGCUAGUGGGGAACGGCAUCGGCAUCGACUUGAUUUGCGUGCCCAAGAUGCCCCUCCACUCGGUGCCGCUGUUUCGCUACCGAAACCCGCAGACAUCUGGGGAUUCCCACGGACUGUCGAGAAAAAGGUCUGCCAGGAGCCGCGAGGGCACGCCGAAGCAGCAAGCCACACCCAUUAUCGGGAGUUACCAGUCUCUGGCGGAGUCGCUUUCUCCAACCAAGGGGCUGGAACUCGUCCACCGCAUCGACAGGCUCGCGAACCCGCAGGAUGAGUGGUCGUACGCGCUGCCGCAGUGGCUUCAUGUCUCGUACUGGACAGGCACCUCAGAAGAGGCGCUUUCCUACCAGGGCAUUGCGAUAUCUGUGGCUGAUCCGAAGGAAGACGAGGACCGGGCUGCGAGCGAGGACUUUGCUAUCCGUGCAAGGAUGUACGAUUUGCAGAUGCGGAGCGUGCUCGAGACGAACGAGAUUGAGACCACGCCACUGCAGGCUGACCCGCUGUUCCCGGUUACAAUCGCAGAGACGAAGACCUCGUUGAAGUCGAGACUAGCCGGGGCGGAUGAGAUUGCAAUGAUACCUUUGAAGCGCCAUCCCGAUGGCCUUGUGGAUCAUGUUUACGGGUUUCAAAAGUUCAUUCUGGAUAGGCUUGUCCGACCUGGGGAGAAGAGUCUGUGGAAGCAGUUACAGGAGUAUGACGAAUCGAGGGCGCGGCUACCGACGUCGAGGCGCCCGGCGCUGCCCAAGGUGUCGAGGGACUUGGAUGAGACUACGAGAAGGCAGCUGAUGGAGGACACCGGGUUAUUCGGCACCUCUCUGCCGGAAAAGAAGAUUGUGCCGAACCAGAGUCUCGCUGCUGUUGCUGCUGGUCGGAAACUGUCUGUCAACAUUGGCGACAGCGAAAAGGCCGAGAUUAUAGCUGCUACGAGGAAGGCUGGGAACCCGGUCCCGGCAACGGCGUCUACAGCCGCGUCUUCAACAGCCGCUUCUUCAACAGCCGAUUCUAACAACCACACGUCCAAGGCGUCGUCCAUGAGCUCACCCUCAAAACCACCAAAGUUCAUGCGUCACAUCAGUCUCGGCAUACGAGGUUUCGGUAUUGCCGCGCCCAAAGUCGUGGCUGCUGAAGCUAGCUUCGAAACGGUGCGCGCUUCGACGGAGCAGAACAUUACCAGCCCCACGACGCCGCUGGUCAUGUCGACCCUUCCGCGCCCUUCGUCGCCACAGGUUAUCAAGCCGGCUAUUUCGUCGCUGUCGCCGGGGCUGUUCCGUUCGGACUCUAGGGACACGCUGAAGGACUUACCCUCGACGCCAAGUAUACCUAUCAAUAUGAGGGCGUCACGGAGAGGAGAAUCUGCAACCGCACAGCAGCAUCGCCACGGCUCAGUCCUGCCGUCUUCGCUGGCGAGAAAGGAUCAUUUCCAUGAAGAUCGCGAUCAGAGACACUCUAAUGUCUUUAGGGCGGAGGACGAUAACCAGAAGAUGUUUAAUAGCAAGUUGAGGGCCGGGGUCAUGCCGGAAUUGCCGUCUACAUUAUCGCCUACCACGGCUAUUUCGCCUUGGCUGACGGUGUUGAACCCGUCAAACCCGGAUAGACACAAGGUGGACGACACGGUGCUGUACAGCCGGUGGCAGCAUGUCUUCCCGCGUACUUCGGAGAUGAAGGUCAUGAAGUGGAAGGCGUUGUGUUGCCCCGCCGCCGUGCCGCUAACCACCGAGUACUUCCCCAGCAAAACACAGUUCGACACGGAGUACCAGAGGCAGCCGUAUGUCAUUGCGCAGAACGCGGAUGACGAACUUUCUGAAGAACCGAAAUCGAGAGAGGAGUUCCUACGGGAGCUGAUCAGUCUCCGUUUCUCGCAGGGCUUCCAGGUCGUUAUCGGACCGUCAGUCGCCAAGGCAUUUGGGCAGAGAUUGCUGCGUAUUGCGGAGAUUUUCUCGCGCGACCAUGUGAUGGAGGACGGCACAAGCAUCUUCUUGUCUGUGGGCAACACGAUCCAUCAGCUCUCCUGCGUCAACGGAACCGAAAUCGAGGUGAAUAUCUACAUUCGCAAGCCGGCCGAGUCGACGGUGGGCAGUUCGAACUCGGGGCCGCUGUAUAGGCCUGCCAUCCGAACUCUGAUGGACGUCGGGUACCAGACCCAGGAGGUGGACAUCUCUGCGCCACGGCCAGAGAGAAACUGGAAUUAUAUCGACUCGUACCUUGCCGGUCACCACGAUGAGAUGACGGAAAACCUGAGGUUUUGGCGGGCGAGGUUUGUGCUUAUCCCGAUAAUAUCACGGUCGUCUGCCGUUCCGAGAAACCAGGCCGGCGACAACGCGGAAGAGGUCCGGCUGGAGGGUAUCAGGCGGCUGUCAUUAUCGUGGCAGAAGCACCGCUACAUCCCGCCUUCUGAGCGGAGAUACCAGACCGUUAAUGACCGCCGCGAUCCCAACCCGCUGGAUAUUGUCUACAAGACUGAGGAUCCUUCAGUCGUCAUCGCUGCGGAGCUGGACAACCUCCCGCUCGUGGAGGGCAUGGAGGGAAACCGCCGGGGGCAGCUGAUUUCCUCCCGGGAACGCUUCCGCAAGUCCAACUUGAAUCUCGGCGCGCUGGCGGAGGCAAUACAGCAACCCGUCGAAAACGGUGGCGUAAAACUUCAAAAUCGGAGGUGGCAUCUACGGCUGCAUUACAACUGCUUUAUCGGCUCGGACAUGACAACGUGGCUCAUGGACAAUUUCGAUGACCUCAAUAGUCGUGAGGAAGCGGAGCAGUUGGGCAACAUGCUCAUGGUGGAGACGUAUGAACGGUCCGAGGACAAAAAGGACCGCGGGGGCCUGUUUGAGCACGUUGAGAAGCGGCAUCCGUUCAGGGACGGCCAGUAUUUCUACUCCAUCGCAGGCGAGUACGCGAAGCCGCAGCCCGGCUGGUUCAACUCGCGCAGAAAAGACUUCUCGGUGCCCUCAACGCCCAUGACGGAGACAAUGCCGAGGGACUCGCCCCGUGGCGGCAUGAUCUCACGGCCUACCUCCAUCAACGAGGGCAGCUCGCCAACGUCCGGGUCCACGACGCCGACCGCCUCGGUCAUGUUUAACAAGAAGAUGCCAAAGGUCGUGCUGAGCAAAGUCAUCAAGUACGACGUGGAUCACAGGAAACGCUCCUACCGGCCCGAGAGGGUUGAUUUGCACUACGACAGGCUGCAUAACCCUGAUAACUGCUACCAUAUCCGUAUCGACUGGAUGAACGUCACUGCCAAGUUGAUCGAGGAUGUCGUGGAAGGCUGGGCGAGAGAGGCGGCUACCUACGGACUCAGGCUCGUCGAGGUUCCCAUCAAGGAAGCGUGCUCCAUCACGGAGGUGAACCCGUUCAGACGGCCGUACCUCAUCAAACUGGCCGUACUGCCGCCCAGCCAGCAGCCCGUGACGUACUACGAACCCAACUCGUUCGCCCCGCAGACAGCCCCCGGCAAGCAUUUCUACCAAAAGGUCAUUAUGCGCAAGUUCGACUUCGUACUCGACAUGGAGGCCGCCUCCAACUACCCCAAAGACGUGGACGUCAGCUUUUCGUGGGGCAAGCCGGACUUCAAAUACAGCCAGUACAUACAUCGCUCCGGCGUACUACUCGCGGAGAUCACGGACGACGGGCACUUCCUGGUCCUGGCAAACAGGCUGUUUAGCAACCGCGCCUCGGCGGCCAGGGACAAGGAGCUGAAGGAUAUAAGAGAGUCGGCGAGCGGCACGGGGGGGAAUAACAACAAUAACACCACCAACAACAACAACAACGUCGUCGAGAGGGGAGGCAGGAUCAUUCCCGUGGGAAGCUACACGCCCUUUGGCAUCCCGGAGCCUACGCCCAUCAGCUCGCCGAUGGUCAAGCCGGCUCACUUCGGCAUCGGCUCGCCCGCGAUACGGUCCGUUGAAGGGAAGGCGACGGGGAAGGAGACGGGGCUGGUGGGCGACCCGAUACCCAUCAUGGACGACCUGGAAAGGUUCUGCAGCGACGUCGCGGGGCUGGAGGCCUUCUACAAGGAGACGCUGGAGAGGGGACCGCCGCAGGCCAUGACCACGCCGGGGGCCAUGAGGCCUACUACGCUGGAGGUGGUCCCGGAGGCUAGCAUCCCCAGUCUGAACAUGCCGGCGGGCGUGCUCGGGGAUUUGCAGCAGCAGCAGCACGGACCUGGCGGUGUGAGCGGGGGGCCGGCGUUCGAGAGGAGCGGCAUCGGAGGGAGCCCGAGUCCGGGGCCGAGACUGAUGAGUAGUCCGGCGGAUGGCAUGAGGUUCUUGAGGAGGGCUAGUGUGCAGGAUGGGCUUGGGCUGGGAGGCGGGCCGAGGGGUCGCGAGAGGGAGAGGGGGGAGAGGGGGGAGAGGGAGUAA